ACUCGCCCGAUCGAGAGAAAGCCAACAUGAAAGACAGAUAGGGCGUGUUUUUUUGUUGUUGCUGUGAUAAAACACAAACAAUCCCCCCCCUCUCUCUUUUAGCAAAACUGGAAGAACUCGUGCACCGUGAGCAGGAUUUAUUUUUACCAUUUUUCAGAUGCUGCUUUGAGAGUCAGAGCUGACAACACGAGCAGUCAUGAACGACAAUUUCGACCGAGCUCCUGGAGCAGGGAGAUCCCGCAACCACCCAGCGGACCCGGGGCUUCUGGCUGCCUCCGGGGACGGGGACUCCAAAACCACGCUUUUUAACCAAAGGGAACCAUUGAGACAGCCGAGGACAUCUCCGCCUUUCUCUGAGAACAACAUCAGCGACAUGAUCGGCUCCGGCGGAGAUUGUAAAAGACAGAACAAACCACAACAAAGUGCAAAUGCCAACAAUGCUUCAGUCUCCAGAGGAUCUAAUGAUGUGGAUUCCUUGGUCAAGACAUCGAAGCUUUCAGCUACCGCUGCAGAGUUUGUCCCCUCCGGAAUUAACCUGUAUGAAGAUCCCAGUUACGAUGACUAUGAAAGCGAUUACAGUGAACCUUCCUUGGCUUCUACGGUCACAGAAUUCCUCGCCCACCUGAGCUCCUCGCCCGGGUCCUUUGAGUCGGAUGUCGAAUACAUAACUGGUAUAUUCAAUUCUUGGGUUACCACUGAAGAGCUGUUGCAGGAGCUGGUGGAGCUGAUCUACACAGAGUCCACCGCCAUUCCUAACUUCUCUUACACUGGUGCCAGGCUCUGUAACUACCUGUCCCAUCACCUUAUUGUCAGCCCACCAAGUGGUAACUUUCGCCAGCUGCUCCUGAAAAGAUGUCGACAAGAAUUUGAACAGAGGGAUGCAGCGGUCCGAGGAGACACUGACACUCAGAAGAAAUUUCACUCCUUUGUGCUCUUUCUGGGAGAGCUCUAUCUUCACCUGGAGAUAAAGAGUAAAAAUGGACCUCCAAAUCGAGCUAAUGUCCUCCUUGAUGCUCUGAAAGACCUGAUGAAAAGUCUGCUCUCUAAUCCUGUGGAUGCAAACCUCAUCUGUGCUGUGAAACUGCUUAAGCUGACAGGUUCUGUCCUGGAUGAUACAUGGAAAGAAAGUGGAAAACCACAUAUGGAAGAAAUCAUCCAAACAAUAGAGAAAAUUCUACUAGAUGCCACUUGCAGUAGAGAUGUCCGACAAAUGCUUCUGAAACUAGUAGAGCUAAGAUCCAGUGACUGGGGCAGAGUUCGUGCUUCAGCGGCCAGUAAUGCUACACCAGAAAAUGACCCCAACUACUUUAUGAAUGAACCUACAUUCUACACAGAAGAUGGGACACCGUUUACUGCAGCUGACCCCGAAUAUGCUGAGAAAUACCAAGAGAUCUUGGACAGGCAGGACUAUUUCCAUGAUACUUGUGGAGACAAUGGAAAUGAAGAGUACGACUUUGAAGAUGAGAUGGAUCCUGAGAUAGAAGAAGCAUUUGAGAAUUUUUGUUUAGAAUCAGAGAGAAAACGACAACAAUGACGUGAGAGUGUGAAUCUGUCAGACUUAACAGGCACAUACAGUACUUCCCACUCAACUUGCUGGAAUGUUGAAAAGCAAAGGAAACUAGUAUCAGAUAGGUUCAAACUUUUAUUUUACUGCAAAGAAGCAUUUUAACAAGAAACGCUGUUCAUAGUUGCACUCCUGACACUUUUCUUUGGUCAGUGUUGAUUAGCAAAUGGGGACAAUCAGUUGGAUAAUUGUUCGAAAUGUUAAGGUAUUAAGAUUUUCUUUGGACUUGGAAGUUCUCUCUUUGUUGUUUUUAAAUUCUUUGGGAACUUUUUUUUCUUUGCGCCUAAAGUAAAUGCCAAGAGGGAAAUAGUGUGCUGUGUGGAUUUAUUGCUGUGAAGUUAUUUUCCGAAAUGGCAGAAAGUUUCAUAAAAUGUGUGAAUAAUUUGUUAAAUACUAAUUAAUGCCCCAUGCAUAAAGUGCCGGCCAGCAGACUUAAAUCAUUGUCGGAGAUGCGUAAUCUUAAUGUACAAUGCUCUGUAGAUGGGGAGGAUGGGGGGGGGGUGGGGGGGUUGGCUGUAGUAGUAGCAUACAGUGCAUAUACAGACUCAAGCUCCACUGUUGUCAAACUCUGUCUCUUGUCUGGUUGCCAAUAUUUAACACUAUAACCACAAAGCUAUUUGCUUCUCUGGUUUUAGUUCACUCAAGUUCAAGAACUCUGAAAUACUGUGCCGUUUAUAAGGAGCAUUAUAGCACAAAACACCAACUGGAAUAUGUGAAUAUAGACAGAAGAUAUUAUUUAAUUCCUUUAGAGGGUUAUAGUAAUGACUCAAAAUUCUGAGAAUGCAGUGCAUCUAAAUCCCGUUUAUUUCCUGAAUGUAGCUUUAAAUAUCUACACAUCUUGCAGUUUGCAACAGUCAGCGUGAUGUAUAGUACCAGUCAAACGUUUGGGCACACCUUCCCAUUCGCUUUGAAUGAUAAAUUCUGUCCAAACGUUUGCCUGGUACUGCAAAUCACCUGCAUAAGACUGAAAGACUGUUAACCAGCAAUCCAUGGAACCCAUAAAAAGGAAUGUUGUUUUAUAGUUUGUACAUAUUAUUAUUUAUAGUAUUGUUUGCCUGCAAUAAAUUCUUUAUAAUGUGA